AUGAAUAAGUUAUGCAGAAUUUGUUUAGAGGAGGGCGUUUUGUCUUCUAUAUUUGGAAAAAGCUACAAUGAAUCGAUACGCAAGAAAAUUGAGAGUUGUAGUAAUAUAAAGGUUCAAGAAGAUGAUGGAUUAUCUGAUCAAAUAUGUAGCAAUUGUGCUUACAAAUUAGAAAUAGCUUUUCAUUUUAAGCAGACUUGUGAAAACUCGGACACAAGAAUGAGAAAACAUUUGGGAUUACACUCUAGCAAGUAUAAAGAUGCCAAUGUGAUGACUGAUCCAAUGGUAGUUCAGAAAACUACUCUUAUAAAGAGAUGUAACAAAUGUAAAACAGAACAAAGGAAAAGAUGUAGAAAGAAACCGGAAGCGGAAAAAUUAAGACGGGGCCCAAAACCAAAACCUAAACAGGUGCAUGAAUGUUCGGAAUGUCACAAGCAAUUCCGAUGUCAAACACAAUUAGAAAUACACAUAAGGACACAUACAGGGGAUAAGCCAUUUUGUUGUGUAUUCUGUUCUAAACAAUUUACACAGAAACACAACCUAACGAUACAUUUACGUAUACAUACUGGAGAGAAACCAUAUCAAUGUGAAAUGUGUAGCAAAACAUUCUCUACACAGGGUAAUUUGACAGUACACUUGAAAACUCAUACUGGUCAAAAAGAUCAUGUGUGUGAAGUGUGCAAGAAGGGGUUUGUUACAACAAGUGAAUUACAUAGGCAUAUGACAAAACACACGGGCUUCAAGAACUUCAAAUGUGAACUUUGUGACAAGGGCUUUUCUCAGAAAAGAGAAUUUAGACAACACAAAGCAAAAAAGCAUGGUAUUUGCUUUGGAACCGAUAGACCUAAACAGAGUGAUAGCUAUAGUGCCAAUAUCAUAGAUAAUGUAGAAAGUGUAAAGAUAAUGCCUUCAACAUCUAAGGAUUCCACAUACCUUAAUGAGGUCAAUUUAAGGAAUAAGAACCAGGGAUUAUAUCUAUUCAGCCAUUCAGUCUUUGGGGAUUCACUGAGUUAA